CGAAUCCACUGGCCCGAAAAUGUGUCCACGUUCCGUAUGACGCAACAACCCGAAUCAACGUGUCAUCUUCCCAAACAAAUGAAAAACUCGUUCAACUGUUCGAUGAAUGAUCGAUUAAAAAAAUCGAUCUAAAUGCGUCGCAAUCACUGGGACAACUGCGAGUGCAGUUUGACGUCCACCGAGUCCAUCCUCUUCAGCCAGCAGUUGGUCUUUGUUGUAUUGAAAGAAGAAAAAAAUGUCAGAUGAAUAAAGAGGGAAAAAGGAACAACAAUGUUGAUGAACAAAAAGAGAGGGAAAUGCACAAGGUAAAAAAGGCUGACAGCGUGUGUCUCGGGCACACGACGUUGAGUAUCUGUUCGUGUUUAAAAGCAGUCGGUUAAAACUCAGAAAUGAAGACUCAAGAGAGAUGGAAGACACCGAGAGGAAGAGGGAGUAUUGACACAUGACUGUGUUGUACUCUUUUUCACUGCGUCGAGUCAUCGGGACAGAGAGAGAGGACGAGGUGGAGGCGGUUUCGGGGUGCGAUAAGCUGGUGAUAAUGGACGGUGCGACAAAGCCCUAUCUUUACUGUGUAUCGCCAUUUUUUGAGGCUUUCUCUCCCACUUAGCUGCAGAUUGGAACCUCCAGGAGCCAUCGUGGACAGGAAGGAUGCGCCUGGUAUCGCAGGGUGACUCAAUAACGUUGAAACUGGAGGACAAAAUAUCAGGGGAAUUGUUUGCCAAGUGUCCCAUCGACGUGUAUCCAGGAAUAGCUGUUGAACCAGUGACAGAUUCAUCUCGUUAUUUCGUACUGAGGAUUCAGGAUGACAAUGGAAGAUCGGCAUUCAUUGGGGUGGGAUUUCUCGACAGAUCUGACAGCUUUGAUCUCAAUGUUGCACUUCAGGAUCACUUCAAAUGGCUGAAAAAUCGCGAUCAGAUCGAGAAGGAGAAGGAGCAGCCGAAGCAGGAGCUCGAUCUCAGAUUCAAGGAGGGAGAGACAAUAAAAAUAAAUAUGAAAAUCACGAAGAAGGAUGGUAGUGAAGUCGCUUCGAAAAGCAAGCAGCGACCUCAGGGAGGACUGGGACUUCCACCACCACCUGGUGGAGUUAAAAUUGCUCCACCACCACCCAAGACUCCAACCUCCUCACCUGCUCAUAAACCAGCUCAGAAUCAGGGUGCCUCAGAGUGGGGUGAAUUUGCAAGUGCAUCUCAGGGACAACAGCCAGCUACUUCUCCUGGCUCGACCAAUGCCAGUUGGGUACAGUUUUAAUUCUAUCGAGAUCUCUGCACGUUCUUAUUCAAUUCGAUUUAUCAAUCCGUGUUGUGGAAUAUGUUUAAUUCGCACACAAUAUGUAGGAUUCGUUGAUAAUAUCAGUUAUUUCGAGGGGAUCGAGCAGAACAGAACAGAAGAAAAUAUUCAAUAUUAAUUUACUAGCGAAUAGGUAAAGAGUGACGAGUCUCGAUAUCUCUGGAUCCAUCAGAGAUUGUCACCUUUCACUUCUUCAUUGCUGAAUUUAUCUUGACUAAAAAUUAAAAAAUGGAAUGAGGAUUUAUUUUCACCAGUGGAUGAAGUAUGGAGGAUAGUUCUCGAAUUAGGUAUUAAGACCUCCCCAGAGUGCACUAGAAUGGAUUAAAGAUUUUGUUGACAGUAUUAGUCCAACACGAGUAUUCGUGAAAGUCUUUUUUUUUUAUUAUUAAACCGUGUAUUAGCUUUCUCCGUCGUAAAUACCGUGCAAGUAUCAAUUCAAUGAAAAAAAGGUCAUGUGAUACACAUGUCAGUUUGAAGGAACAAUUAAUACCCUGCAAUUCUGUUCUGUUCUGUUUACAAACAGAGACACGUAUCGAGACUAUAUUUUCAUAGCAGAUUGUGUUGACGUGCGUGUUUCUGAGAAAAUCCCUGAGAGCCUCGAUGAAUGAUCACUUGACCACCGAAUUAGGGCCUCGCUGCCACUGGCAUUUGUACAUAAAUGAUUAGACAAGCCACGUCUAGCUUUAAAUUAUUAAAGCCUAAACGAGAACGAAUUAACAAAUGGAUAAUUACUCACAACUUAAUGUCUAGCAUUUGUUGCUGCCCUCUUAAGCUCGAUUCACAGAGUCAAUUAUAUUUUUCGAGUGAUUAAAAAAGUAUAUGGAGUGGUGAUUUCUUUAUUUUUUCGGUGAGCAUGCUUGUUAUUGAUCUGCAUUGAAUGCAAAUCAACCAUUUAAUUUGUAAAUAAUGUUGUACAUCCUCUUUUCGUUUGCGAUUCAAUGUUAUCUAGAUGAUGUUUGGAUGAGACAAGUUUUCAGAAUAUAAUUCUGAGUAUGUGUAUGUAAUGAAAGUAAGUAAUUAUUCUGACCAAGCUCCACGUAUGAAAGAAUUUCACAGAAAAAUGUCGCCUUUUUUUCAAAAAUCUGGAUUUCAUUUCGUUGGGAAUUCUGCGAAUUUUUUUCAUACGUGCCAGGUAAUGAAUUGAUCUAUUAAGUUUGGAAGAAGAAAAUCCAUCGUUGCAAAUGCUGGAUUACACUUGUUUCCUCGGACUCUGCAGCCACCACAAUUCCUCAAACGAUUGACAUAGAAUCAAUAAGAAUAAAAUUAUAUUGUUAUACAAUAGAAUCACGAGAUCUAAUUAGAAGUAGUUGUACGAGAGAUGAUCGCUUGUCGAUCGACGACGAAUAUUAUAAAACAUAUAUCAUUCCCAUGUAUAUUUUUCUGGAAAUAAAAUGAAACAAUUCGAA